GUUCGUUUCUUGGAGCAGCACCUCACCUCAGACUGCCCACGUCGUCCUGUUGUGUGUCAGUUUUGUCAGGAAAAAAUAGAAAUGCACAAUCAGCCAGCGCAUGUGGAGGUGUGCAAACGCUUCCUCAUUCCAUGCCCCAACGGCUGUAAGCGGAAGGAAAUACCUCGUGAAGAGCUUACUGCUCAUUUGGAGUGUGAUUGUCCACUGCAGGUGAUAAGCUGUCCCUUUUCUGAACAGGGUUGCCAAUUUCGUGGCAAAAAACGACAAAUCAGAGCUCAUUUAGACAACGAGCUGAUGCUGCACAUACUACUAUUGCGCGAUGCUGUACAGGCUUUCCAUAAUCUCUUGGAUUUGCAAAUGCAAGCGGUUCGCGAUAGUCAGGCUGCGGUGAAAAAAAUGCAAUUAAAGUUGCAACGAUGUGAGACCUUCUUCGAGCCAUCGUUUGUAUGGAAAAUCGACGGCUAUAGGGAGAAAUUCGAGGAGGCACAACAGGGCCGCAAGACUACUCUCUUCUCCAACCCUUUUUACAGUCAUCGUCAUGGUUACCGAGUGUGCUUAUCCAUUUGUCCAAAUGGAGAACAGCGGCAUAGAGGAAAGUACUUGGCUGUGUUUAUUUGCAUUUGUCGAGGCGAAUACGACGCACUACUGAGCUGGCCAUUUUCUCAUCCUGUAAGAGCUUUGCCUUUACACAUGCCCAGUGUUUAG